AUGGCUAACGACGCAACUUCGAAUCUCCCUCCAGCUCUCCGUAUGGUCUUGAUUGGCCCACCUGGUGCAGGUAAAGGUACCCAGGCUCCAAAUCUUAAAGAGAGAUACUGUGCUUGCCAUUUGGCAACCGGUGACAUGCUUAGAAGCCAGGUUUCCCAGGGCACCGAACUAGGUAAGCAGGCAAAGAAGAUCAUGGACCAGGGUGGUUUGGUCAGUGAUGAGAUUAUGGUUGGCAUGAUCCAGUCCGAAUUGACCAAUAACCCAGAAUGUAAGAAUGGUUUCAUUCUUGAUGGAUUCCCAAGAACCAUUCCACAGGCUGAAAAAUUGGACUCUAUGUUGAACGAAAUGAAGAAGCCAUUGCAAAAGGCCGUUGAGUUGAAGAUCGACGACGAAUUGUUGGUUGCUAGAAUUACCGGUAGAUUGGUCCAUCCUGCUUCUGGUAGAUCUUACCAUAAGUUAUUCAACCCUCCAAAGGUUGAAAUGACCGACGACUUGACUGGCGAACCUUUGGUCCAAAGAUCCGACGAUAACGUCGAAGCUUUGAAGAAGAGAUUGACCACCUACCACCAACAAACCGAACCAAUUGUCGACUACUAUAAGAAAACUGGUAUUUGGGCAGGUAUUGAUGCAUCCCAAUCUCCAAAGACUGUGUGGUCCGACAUUUUAAAAUGUUUAGGAAACUAA